UCAAUUAUGGGAACGCUCCCUACACAUCAGUUGUCAGCUUUAUCAAAAGAUGAUUGUUGGUCAUUGUUCAAGCAAGGAGCAUUUCAAGUCAAGGAUGAAACUCCAAAUCUUGUGGUGAUUGGGAAGGAGAUCGUAAAGAAGUGUGGGGGAGUCCCUUUAGCUGCAAAGGCUUUAGGAAGAUUAAUGCACUUCAAAAUUGAAGAAAGCGAGUGGCUACAUGUUAAAGAAAGUGGAAUUUGGAAUUUACCACAAGAUAAUGAGAGGUAUAUAAUGCCUGCAUUAAGAUUGAGUUACCAUAACCUUCCAAUUAAGUAUAGACAGUGUUUUGCUUACUGUGCCAUAUUUGAAAAAGAUUCUACAAUUGACAAGGAUCAUGUAAUUCAUUUAUGGAUGGCCAAUGGUUUUAUUUCGUCUAAUGGGACAGAGCAAUUGGAGGAUAUUGGUAAUCAAAUAUGGAAUCAAUUGAAUUGGAGAUCUUUCUUCCAAGAGGUAGAGAACGAUGAUUUUGGCAACGUUAAAAGUUUCAAGAUGCAUGAUCUUGUUCACGAUCUUGCUCAAUCUAUUAUGGAAGAUGAAUGCCAUGUGAUGGAGAAUGAAAAGCCAAAUAAUAAACCAAACAGGAGUGUUCGUCACGUCACAUCUGUUUAUGACUCUAAAGUAUUAGAAAAUGUUGAAUCGUUGAGAACAUUAUUUGUGAAAGCAUUUUCUCAUAACUUGAUGAAAUUUAGUACCUUACGAGUUCUAAAUGUAAGUGACUUUUUUAUAGUUGAGCUUCCAUCUUCAAUUGGCAAUUUAAUUCAUUUAAGGUACUUGAAUCUUUCUGAGAAUCACAGAUUGAAGACACUUCCCGAGUCAUUAUGCAACCUAUUGAAUUUGCAGACCUUAGACCUUAAUUAUUGUGAGAGUCUUCGGAGCUUACCCAACCACAUGGGACGCAUGAUUAAUCUCCGACAUCUAUUUAUGGAAGGCUGUCGUGCUCUAACAGAAAUGGCUCCAAAAAUUGGGCAGUUAACCAACCUCAAGUCAUUAAGUAUUUUCAUUGCGGAUGGGAGGAGAGGUAUUCAUUUGGGUGAGCUGCAAGGGUUAAACCUGGGAGGAAAAUUAUAUAUUAAGCAUCUGGAGAGGGUGGAGAAUUGGGUGGAUGCAAGAGAAGCAAACUUAGCCCAGAAAAAAAACCUCUACAGCUUGCGUUUGGGUUGGAAUAUUGGAAGUGAAUCAGAAAAUGCUGAACAGGUACUAGAUGCUCUUAAACCUCACCCAAAUCUUAAAGAGUUGAUCAUAGAAGACUAUCCAGGUACCUCUUUCCCACGCUGGAUGAGUGAUCUAGUACUGCUUCAAAAUUUAGUUAGGGUUUCACUUGAUGGUUGCAAAAAUUAUCAAAGUGUUCCACCAUAUAGUCGAUUGCGUUGGUUGAAACUUCUUCACAUUUCUCACAUGCCAUGUUUGGAAAGGUUGUCAAGAGAGGAAGAAAAAAAUGUAUUCCCUUGUCUUUCCCGAUUGAUUAUUGAUGAUUGCCCUAAGUUGACAUUAAUGUCAUGCCUUCCGUCACUCAAAGAUUUACAAGUAGUUAGAUGCAGUGAUGUCUUGUUGAGUUCGAUCUCAAACCUCAGUGCUCUUGAGUCACUAGCGAUCCGGAGUUGUGAUGAGAUUGAGUCAUUACCGGAACAAGGAUUACAAGGCCUCAACUCUCUCCGUUCUUUACAGUUUAUUUACUGUAAAAAGUUGAAGUCCUUGUCUGGGGGACUGCAACACCUCAAAGCCCUUGAGAGGUUGACUCUUGGAUAUUGCCACGAGCUCGUUUCUCUGCCGGAGGGUAUUAAACACCUCCAUUCCCUUAGAUAUCUGUACAUUUCUAAUCGCAAGAUGGUGGUUUUGCCGGAGGCCUUACAGCAUGUCCCUGCACUGCAAUCUCUACAAAUCGAUGGAUGUGGAGAGCUAACAUCGUUGCCUGACUGUUUGGGAAAUCUUGAAUCUCUUCAAUCGUUGGAGAUUCGGUAUUGCCCUAAGGUUGACUCACUUCCGGACAGCAUUCAAAGCCUAACCAAUCUCACAACUUUGGAUAUUUAUGGAUGUGGUGUACAACUCAAAAGGAGAUUCGAGAAGGGAAGCGGGGAGGAUUGGUAUAAGAUACAACACAUACCAGUUGUUAGUAUAGUAGAGUCAGAGUCAGAGUCAGAUGACUGAGAUAGGAUGAUGGCACAAACUACAAACUGUUGCGGUGGGCCCGUGGCUACUUCAUGUUACAAAUGGUCACAUUUUAAUAUUUGUGUUAUAAUGUAUA